AUGGCCGAGCUAAAGGCCUACAACGGCUACGCUCUGUGGAUGUACCUCCCGAAUGUACCAGCCGCCGCUGUGCUUACCAUUCUGUUUGCCCUUGCGACAGCCGCCGUCGCUUGGCAAAUGGUCAGAACCAAAGCAUGGUAUUGUUCAGUUUUUGUCAUCGGUGGAGUCUUGGAAAUUGUUGGCUACAUAGCACGAGCUGCUGCCAGGAACAAGACUGACGAGCUUAUCCCUCAUGUUAUCCAGAGCGUUUUCAUUCUAGUGGCCCCUGCACUCUUCGCGGCAUCUGUUUACAUGACAUUGGGCCGCAUCAUCAAGAGUAUCCAAGCCCAGCCGCUCUCGAUCAUCCGUGUGAAGCUGCUUACAAAACUAUUUGUUAUGGGCGGUAUCGUACCGUUUGCAGUCCAGUCUGGUGGCGCUAGCAUGAUGGCUGUAUCGGAUGACCCGAAGCUGGGCGAAGGCAUGAUCAUCGCCAGCCUCGUUGUGCAGAUCGUCGUGUUCGGUAUGUACAUUGUUACCUCUGCCAUCUUCCACCACAGCGUCAGAACGCAAAGACGGAAUGUAUAUGCUAAUUAUGGUGACAAUUGGGUGAAACUCCUUAUUAUGCUUUUCGUCGUCAGCACCCUGAUCAUGGUCCGGUCUGUCUUCAGGGUGGUGGAAUAUGUUAUGGGACAGGAUGGUUACCUUUGA